CCGGCUGGUGGGAGCGGCCGUGGCAGUGGCGGCGGACCGGCUAGAGCUCCUCCAAGCCAUGCCGGCGGCGCGAGUGGAGUACAUCGCGCCGUGGUGGGUUGUGUGGCUGCACAGCGUCCCGCACCUCGGCCUGCGCCUGCAGCGGGUAGACAGCACCUUCAGCCCCGGCGACGAAACUUACCAGGAGUCGCUGCUCUUCCUGGGGGUGUUAGCUGCCAUUGGCCUGGGCCUGAACCUCAUCUUUCUUGCCAUUUACCUGGUGUGCACAUGCUGCUGCCGGCGGGACCACACAGCACAGAGCAAGCAGCCCAACUCAUGCUGCGUCACCUGGACAGCCGUGGUGGCUGGGCUCCUCUGCUGUGCUGCAGUGGGUGUCGGUUUCUAUGGAAACAGUGAGACCAACGAUGGGGUGUACCAGCUGAUCUACUCCCUGGACAACGCGAACCACACCUUCUCUGGAAUUGACGAUCUGGUGUCUGGAAACACCCAGAAGAUGAAAGUGGACCUAGAGCAGCACCUGGCUCGGCUCAGUGAGAUCUUUGCUGCUCGGGGAGACUACAUCCAGACCCUCAAGUUCAUGCAGCAGAUGGCGGGUAACGUCGUCAACCAGCUCUCGGGACUGCCUGUGUGGAGGGAGGUCACCACACAGCUGACUGAGCUGUCCCACCAGACUGUCUAUGUGGAACACUACAGGUGGCUGUCCUACCUCCUUCUUUUCAUCCUGGACCUGGUCAUCUGCCUCGUCACUUGCCUGGGACUGGCCAGGCGCUCCAAGGGUCUCCUAGCCUCCAUGCUGUGCUGUGGGGUACUGACCCUGAUCCUCAGCUGGGCUUCUCUGGCUGCUGACACCGCUGCAGCAGUGGGCACCAGUGACUUCUGCGUGGCUCCUGACAUCUACAUCCUGAACAACACACGGAGUCAGGUCAGCUCAGAGGUGGCCCACUACUACCUGCAUUGCAGUCAGAGUCUAAGCAGCCCCUUCCAGCAGUCAUUGACCGUCUUCCAGCGCUCACUGACCACCAUGCAGAUUCAAGUUGUAGGCCUGCUGCAGUUUGCUGUGCCACUCUUCCCUACAGCGGAGAAAGACCUUCUUGGCAUCCAGAUUUUGCUAAACUCCUCUGAGACCAGCCUGCACCAGCUGACUGCCAUGUUGGAUUGCCGAGGGCUGCACAAGGACUACCUGGAUGCCCUCACUGGUAUCUGCUAUGAUGGCAUUGAGGGUCUGCUAUUCCUUGGUCUCUUCUCCAUCCUGGCUGCCCUGGCUUUCUCUACCCUGACCUGUGCGGGGCCCCGGGCCUGGAAACACUUCAUCAACAGGGGCAGAGACUAUGACGACAUUGACGACGAUGACCCUUUCAACCCCCAAGCUCGGCGCAUCGCAGCACACAACCCGAUGAGGGGACAGCUGCACAGUUUCUGCAGCUACAGCAGUGGCCUUGGCAGCCAGUGCAGUCUUCAUCCUCCCACUCAGACCAUCUCCAAUGCCCCUGUCUCCGAGUACAUGAACCAGGCCGUACUCUUUGGUGGGAACCCACGAUACGAGAAUGUGCCACUCAUCGGGAGAGGGUCCCCUCCUCCCACAUACUCUCCCAGCAUGAGGGCCACCUACAUGUCCGUGGCGGAUGAGCACCUGAGACACUACGAGUUCCCAUCCUAGCAACCUUCAGGGCACCUGCUUCCUCCUGCCAGCUUGGUUUUCAGCCCAUGCAGGUCCUGGCUGUGCUUCUGUAACAGAAACUGAAAGUUCCUGGACUGGAAAGUUCCUGUGGCUGCAGAGACAGAGCGGGGAUGCCUGACCAAAGCCACAGGUGGAUACAAGGGCUGUGACUAGACCACCCUCACUGGCCAAACUCUCCAUCCUGGGACUCCCCAGGACUCGGCAGCUGUCCCAGAACCAGCUGCCUGGUUCAGCCCCCUAAGUCCCACCCUCAGCAGAUACGAAGAGGCAGGGAGGAGAGGGCCACCAGCCUAAGAGCCUGAUUGUCUCAAGGUCCUGCCACCAGGCCCCUGCCUCUUGUUAGCAUGGCCCUAAGCCCAGGCCGCACCUUCCAGGUAGUCUGCCCUCACUGCCUAGCAGGUGACAGUUGGGAGUGUGUUAGGAAAAUAGGUGUCCAGGAACCACGUUCUGGGACCACACAGACUCUACCUAGACCACAGAAGGAUAGAGUUGAGUCCUUCCCAGAGGGCUUGGUGGUUUCAAGCUGGGCACUGCAGCCUGGCCGCCUUGGGCAGGAGCCUGGGAGAAAGCCUGCCCCAUUCUGCCUCUCUAAGCCGCCUCCAUUCUCAAGCGGGUCUCUGCUGCAGGUGGGGACAGUCUCAGGUCUGAACAGACACUUUGAAAACAACUGGACUCUUGUUCCCAGUAUUUUAAGACAUUUUGAUGAUCCAAAGACUCACAGCUCCCUCACAGGCGCCUCCAAACAGGUUCAGAUCUCUUGCAUCUCUCUCCCAUAAGCCAUUUUACAGAUCUGGAGCAGAGGCUGGGGAGCGGGUUGUAGGGUUUUGUUUUGUUUUGUUUUGUUGUAGUCUCAUUAUAUAGCCCUGAGUGGCCUUGGCCUAGAACUCACAGAGACCUGCUUGCCUCUGCCUCCAGAGUUUAAAGGUGUGUGACACCACACCAAGCCAGGAGCAGAUUUUUUGGGGCGUUCGGGACAGGGUUUCUCUGUGUAACCCUGGCUGUCCUGGAACUCCCCCUGUAGACCAGGCUGGCAUCGAAUUCAGAGAUCCACCUGCCUCUUCCUCCAGACUGCUGGGUUUAAAGGCAUGCAGCAUCAUGCCCAAGUCCAUCUAUUUUUGGUGAAGAUUGGUGAGACCUCCUGUCCUAGAUGACUGGAGAAGGAUAUCUGGGGCCUUGUAAAGGGAGAGACGGGGUAGCCAAGAAGACUGAGGGGCUUUCUCUGUUCUGAAGAACUGCCAUUUUUCUGUGCUGCCCGCUGAGGGGACAGGUUAGGCUAUUUGGUGCUUCCAACCUCCUACCACUCCAGGGUACACAACACACUGAAGGUCCGUGGCCUUGCACACCUAAGCAGGGCCUGUGAUAAUGUGACAGGGCCUUUUCCAUCUCAGAAGAGCCACGUUGUCAUCACACCGACAGCUCCCAGCUGAGCCACCAGGCGCGUGUCUCGCCAUGUCUCCUAUAGCCCGUGCAUACUGUGAGCCAUCUUUCUUUGCCUGUGUCCUGUGGUGCAGGCCUUGGGCUGCGACCUCAAGGCAUCGCUUCUAAUGUUUCCUCUGCAGCAACUGAAGGACUUUUUAAUGCAUGUACAUUAAACUAAAACCCCUCUGGGUUCUACAGGAAUCAGGUGGGCAGACCUCUGCUUGACACAUGUUCACCCUCCCCUGAGCCAAGAAAUAAACCGCAUCUCUUAA